AUUUAUCCAUGUGUAUUCAUUUCGUAAAUAAAAUAAAAUAAAGAAAACAGUAACAGUCGCUUGUGGUUGACGAGAAUAAAGACGCUGAGGUGUGUGCGACUGAGACGCGAUAGAAUAAAGGACAAAGCAUCCGGCAGUUGGCAGUGUUAAAGUGUCUCGAGUGUUGAUCGAACGCCGGUUUACGACGAUUCGAUAUCUUCUGCGUGUUUUCACUGAAAAAUAUUGAGAGUUGAAGCGAAACUCGGGGCUUCGUUGGGACAGUUAAUUGGGAACAAUUUUUCAGAGGUUGUUUUUGUGAAAAGUGAAGUUGCGGCAGAAUGGCGGGAACAGGCGAGGUGAAGUCACAGGCGAGGAACGAGGAAAACUGUGGGCUGAGUGUCAUUGAGGCCGGUAGCAAGGUCGAGGAGCCAGGGAAACAGGUGGAGUCCGUUGGAGGCUUUCAAUUGAUGCAGUGUGGCUCCCUGGAUAUUGGCGAGGAACGCCUACGACGGGUGGCGAUGAUGGAGUCUCUGUGCCAGAUUAGUGCCACCAAGAGCAUAAAGAAUAACAACAACAGCAACAGCAACAAGAGUUGUGUAAAGAAUGACAAUAACAACAAUAAUGCAAAUAGUGGGAUUGGCGGUGGUGGCGGUGGGGGUGGGGGUGGUGGUGUGAACAAUAGCAGCAAGUGUCACAGAGAUAGUUCAGAUUGUCAAAAUGAUGCUCAACAGAGGCUGGCUGUUCUUAGUUUUGAGCAGGUGCGACGAUUGAAUGAUGUUAUGAAUGAGGUUGUCAGUAUUCAUGGUAGGGGUAAUUUUCCAACUCUCGAGGUGAGACUCAGGGACUUGGUGACUGUAGUGAGGAGUAAAUUGGAGGAGGAGCCGAGCAAUGGUGGAGCUGGUAUGAGGGUGCGAGACAUAAGAUUGAAUGGUGGUGCUGCAUCACAUGUACUAGCAACCGAGUCACAGCCCUACAAUGAUCUUGAUCUCAUAUUUGCAGUUGAAUUAGGAAGUGGACGUAAUUAUGAUAAAGUUAAAGCUGCUGUAUUGGGAUCGCUGUUUGAUCUUUUGCCGGAGGGUGUGAGCCGUAAGCGCAUAACAACGUGUAGCCUCAAGGAAGCCUAUGUCAGUAAAAUGGUGAAGGUGAAUAAUGACGGUGACAGAUGGUCACUGAUAUCGCUGGGCAAUUCGCGGGGCCACAGAAAUGUCGAGCUCAAGUUUGUGGACACGAUGAGACGACAGUUUGAAUUCUCAGUUGAUUCAUUUCAAAUAGUACUCGACUCGUUACUGCUGUUCUAUGAGUGCAGUAAAUUGCCGAUUGGUGAGAAUUUUUAUCCGACAGUUGUCGGUGAAUCGGUUUAUGGUGAUUUCCAGGAGGCACUCUAUCAUUUACACAAGAAGCUGAUAUCAACGAGGCAUCCCGAGGAAAUAAGGGGCGGUGGUUUACUGAAGUACUGCAAUUUACUUGUAAAAAUGUACAAACCAUCUCAGCCGGAUUAUAUUAAGACACUUGAGCGCUACAUGUGCUCGAGAUUCUUCAUAGACUUUCCUGAUAUAAAUCAGCAGCAAGCGAAGCUUGAGAAUUAUCUGUGGAAUCAUUUUGUUGGACCGGAGGAGGAGUCGCUCAAGUACCAGUACCUGAUGUUGUUGCACAGUGUUGUUGAGGAGUCGACGGUGUGUUUGAUGGGCCAUGAGAGAAGGCAGACACUCGCACUUAUUGAGAGUCUUGCCUUUCAGGUACUGUGCCAGGAGCAACAACGGCUCAAUAGCCAGCAAGCACCAGCUGGCCCCCCAGCUACUUAUGUUUAUGCCAAUGGUUAUCCCAAUGGUGGCUUUUAUUAUCCAGUCAUACCAACGGCGUGCUACACGUGCACCUGUACAUCAUGGAUGGCUUGCUCGUCGUGAUGUGAUACCAUUGUCGUAACGACACCAACACUCUGUGCUGGAGAUAUUGGCAGUGCUUUCCUCAAUGAUAAUCAGUCCAAUUGCACUGACAAUUGUUCGUCAGCAGGUACAUCAACAAUACGAUGCCGUAGACAAGUCAAUGGCGUCAGUGAAGAUCUCAGUGACAGCCAUCAUCCGCUGCAUCAUCAUUAUCAUCAUCAUAUACAUCAUUACCACCACUAUUAUCAUAACAAUUAUCAGAAUCAUGAAGGCAACGUCGUCAAUGAUGAUGACGGAGACAAAGACUACGACGACUGCCGUCGUUUAACACCGAUACGCAGUUGACACCACUGACUCGCACGCGCUUUUUCAAGUUAUUCAUCGUACGAGCUCGACUGAAUUUCAAGAUUUUUUGUUUUUUUUUUAUUUCGUUCCUUUUCCCACUUUGAUUCUUCCUCUCGCGGUUCUUCAUUUUUCGUGAGAGACUCGGGGAGAGGAGGGGAAAGUCGUCAAGAUGAUGUUUAUGUUCUGUGCCAGAACUCAUGCUCGGCCAAGACUUCCGAUUUGACGCGUGUGUCGUGUGCCCUCAGACUUUUUUCUUUUUUUUUUUCUUCAAUUUGUACUUUCGACGCUGUUCGGAGGAAUUCAACUCGUUGAAUGAUGAUUUGGAGAGACGCCAUCGAAUAAUUAAUUGGCAAUGCGAAGGGGAAUUUGUCUGGAGGAAGAGGAAGACGGUUGGGAUGCUGUUGUGAUGUGCCUGAUUAUUUGAGAGACUCUGGAGUGCCCGAUGUACUGAACAAAAAAAAGAAAGUAAGGACAGAAAAAUUAACAAAAUAUGUCGAUAAGAUUUGUCAAAUUACGCCAAUUGAGAUAUAAAUGUGCGUCGUGAUGUUUUACUGAGAAGUUGCAAUAUUAUUCAUAAUUAAAUACAUUAAUGAAUCGAUGUAUAUUCUCAAUUACGAAGGAAAAUUAUCAACAUUCACUAGGAUAAAAAUUUCUAUUUUUCACGAAUGAAAUUCAGAUGAAGUGACAACACGUCACUCCGUGGAGCGGUUUUGGAAAAAAAAAACUGGUUGGCUCGACUGCUCAUGCACCAAGCGGCGUAAAACGCGAUUAAAAUCACAUGCUAAAAUGCGUUUUGAUGGUUGGACCAAGAGAGAAUUCGCGCUGUUAUAUUCAGAAUGGGAGAUAACUUUUCUUUUUCAUACAGUAAUUUUUAAGACCACAAAUUAAAAGAUGAAAAAAAUUACGAAAGAAGAAAAAAAACAAAAAAUAAGGCAUUUAUAAAAUAAUGAAGUUUUUUUUUUAAGUCAAAGUGGAGUAGACCCUUUCCGAUGGCGAGGAAUUGCUUUACAUUAUACAUAUAUCAUAUAUAGUAAUGUGUGGCUGUGAUCACAUUUCGUUUAGGUAAAUUACGUUGUAAGACUAACUGAAGAAUUAAAAAAGCAAGAGAAGAAAAUUUAAAAAAAACGGAAAUCACAUGGUUUUGCGAAAAAUUGGAUUCAUUCAGGGCGAUACUCCGACCAUGUGAUGAGUGAUAGACUGGCGUAACUCGCGUUCGUCCAAACAAGGGAGAGAUGGUAAAAAAAUUACGAAAAAAAAAAAAAUUAAAUACCCAAACUCCAAAAAAAGUCUUUCUAAACCGCAUGGAAUGAAUUUUUGAAUAAAUUAACUAUCCUCGCCUCGUGAAACGCUUCCGUCGGUAGCCGAUGCAGUGAAACUACGGCACAAGUGAUAAAAAGAGUGCAAAAGUCGGAACACUUACCGUUCAAAUAAACCCGAGAAUCCAGGGAUGAAGAAGAGAACCGUUACGAAAAACAUAACUAAUGCAUUGACGUUUUGAUGGGCCACAGAGACUUGAGAUUACAAUGAAAUACGGUGAGACCGCGUGUGCGUGUGUUAGUCGAGCUAUCCUGUAGAGACCCCCCUAGUCUCCCGUAGCAGUGCUUGCAUAACUUUGUUUAUUAGAUACCGUAAUUAUUUAAUACCGAGAGCCGAGAACCAACCGAGCAAGUUCCACAAUACAAAUGCAUUGGCUGAAGCGAAAAAUGAAAAACAACGUACUGAGUUGAGUCAGUUUAAUCCGAUAUAUCGCUGUGGACAGGGAGAGGAGGGAGGAAGAAAAUAGAUGUGUGAUACCGAGUUUUUCGAUAUAUAUGACCACAAAAACCGCUGAUACGUUAAUGCUAAAGAGAUACUGAAAAAAUAAGGAUCACGAUCUCCUGGUUUCAGUUGACGGCGAUUUGUGACCCCGUUAGAUCAAUUCAAGCUAAUCUAUUUCUCGUAAAAACGACACACACACAUUCGCUCUCUCUCUCUCUCUCGCUCCCUCGCUCUCUGUGUCUGUUUCCACUUCUUUUGACUCGAACAAAACAAUCACUCUUCACCUUCCUCCCUUAUUUCUUCAUUAUUGUCCGCUCCCCCUCCCCUCCCUCGGACUUGUCACUUUUCCUUUCGUAUUAGCUCGGUGAUAUGAGCGAAAGUCAAAUCCCAAUCUAAAGCCAGCAAACUGGUUUUUGCACGCGGCAUAUCGUGUGCUAAUGUUAAAGAGCAAAGCGUGAUUUUGAACGGUGCGCGCGACCCCUCGGCUCAUUGUACUUAUGUGUAUCAUAGAGAUUGAGAAAAUUAUUUUUUAACAUUAAACAUGAGAACAUACCGGCCAAUCGUACAUACGUUAUACCGUCCACAGCGCGUGAGAUGCUACUGGAAAUUCAUCAUUUUACGCUGUUGGAAAAUUACUCCUGAAAUUUCAAAUGAAAAGGCUUGAAAUUUUUAAUGACGAGAAAUUUAUGUGAAUUUUCUGGAUAUUCCGUUAAUUUCGUGAAUAUUCAAGUAAUUCUCGAUUUUCAGGUCCAUACCGCACCGAAAAACCUUGAAAAUUCAAUAUGUGAUGU